AUGCCUUCCGCUGCCGACAACGCAUCCAUCUUCUCGGGCGUCUCGGCUGCCCCUUCCCGCUUCGGUGCCUCGCGACAGCCCCAGUUUACCCUCGACACCUUCUCUAGCCAGGAUUUCAUAGUCAAGGACUUUGUCGAAGCUCUUUCCGACGCUGCCAUCCCUCCGAGCCGACGUGCCGGCCCAAAUGCUGUCGCUUUCGACCCCAAGCCCUUGAUCCGUACAUUCGAGCUCGCCCUCAACAGACUCAAGCUCUUGAGUGAGGAUCUGGAACUGCAAGAGAAUGAAUUGUCCGCUGGUGUAAGAAAGGCAGAAGCUGUCCACAACACGAAUGUCUCGGCUAGAGAACGGGAACUCGAACGCGCUGUCGACUCUUUCCAUCGCCUAGAGACGAGUCUGGACAAUGCUGACCAGGGAGGAGGAAAUGCUGCUGUGAGGAUUGGAGAGAGACUCGACGAACUCGAUCGUCAAAGCCAGCGCGCCCAGGACGCAAAGUUCAUCCUGCAAUGCUGGAUCGACGUGAGUGAGCGUCGUGAUCUGUCUAGCCUUGAUGAUGUCAGGAGACUCCAAGGCAGCGAGGGAAAGUUGCGCUGCGCCCAUAUUGCUCGUCAAUUGCUCAAGAUCAGCCAACGUCUCGAUUCGUCAAACUCCAUGUCAAAUGGUGAUGGUCUCAACGGCCACGACACGCCCACGGAGCUGAUUGAGAAGUUCCUUGAGUCAUUAGAGAAGGAUCUCUUGAAACAAUUUGAUGACUUCUACAGACGCCAGAACUUCGAUGGGAUGAGAGAAUGCGCUGUUGCUUUGAAAGACUUUGGCGAUGGUGCUAGUGUCAUGGGUCUCUUCGUUAAUCAGCAUCAGUUCUUCAUUGAUCGCAGUCAGCUCAUCACCGAAGAUCUGGCUGCCGAUUCAGAAACGUGGGAACGUCUUGCCGAUCCAGACACAGAACCACCAGGCGUCGAGCCUAGUUUGCAGAGCUUGGUGGAUGAGGUGAAACUUGUCGUGCAAGAAGAGAGCUUUAUCAUCAAGAAAGCAUUUCCCUUUCAUGAGGAAGUUUUGGUUCGCUUCUUACAAAGAAUCUUUCAACAGUCCAUCCAACAAAAACUCGAAAUGGUGCUCGACAAGGCAGACUCGAUAUCUUCAUUGGCUUUCCUGCGCUCGCUACAAGCCAGCAGGAGUUACAUCUCUGCUUUGGUCGAAGACCUAAAAGCACAUGGCUUGACCGAGCACCCAGAACCUGCUUCUGCACAGACUGCUGCUGUACUCGAUCAACAACUCGAAGAUUUGUUCGUACCGUACUUCUCUGGCUCAUCAUAUAUCGAGCGUGAGAAGAGAAGCUUGGAAGAGCUAUACUCAUCUCUUCUGUUCAAAUUCACAACAUACCACACACGCCGACGAAAGAUGCCGACGUCGUAUCUUGGAUCCCUAUCUGCGCGCAGUAGGGAACUCAUCUCUUCCACACGUGAUACAUAUCUCGAGAGACUCGAGAACUCUGACAUUCCAGCCUCACAGAAGUCGACUCUUCUACGAAUUGCUGGACUCAAUCCUUCCGCCAGUCAUACACAAAAUAGAAACGACGUCGAUGUGUCAGAGGAAGAUGGUGCACUGAGCUUACCAUUCAUCAAACGCAUGCUCAAAUGGCUGGCCGAAAGUGUAGGCCGCGGCCUUGAAUUAGCCAACGGCCAUGAGACACCCAAAGAUGUCCGCGAACUACUAAGCCUGCUCAUCGCCAAUAUGGGCGAAAUAUAUCUGGAAACAGCGCUGGACGCUGUCACCGAAUCAGCCACAGCAGCCGAGAGCAGCACAAAAACCGAACCAGACUUUGGCCAUCUCGUCGAUCUGCGAGUCGCAGUCAGCAUCCUGCACCUCCUGCUCGCCACAAUCCAAACGUUGCUCCUUCCUCUAGCAUCCAGCAACCUCACCAUCCGCCGCGACCUCGACAAAACAACAAACUCCUUCAUCGACCGCUGCGAGUCAAAAAUCGACACCAUCUUGCAGAAAACCAUCGAUGCAACUCUAUCAUACUCAUCACGCAUUCUCUCCCAACAGAAGAAAACAGACUUUCGCCCUCGUGACGAUGCCCUACUCCAACUCGACCAACUCCAAACACCCACGUGCCUCCAACUCUUCAACUUCCUUACAAAAGUCCACAGUCGAGCCGAAACAGCCCUCAGCGGCAAAGUGCUCGAAAACAUCUUUUUGGAACUGGCAUUGGGUGUUCGCGCUCUCCUUCUCGCCCAUUUCCGCGCUUACCCCGUGUCUCUCACUGGCGGAUUGAUCGUCUCUAAAGAUAUGGCCAAGUAUAUCGAAUUGCUCAAAUCUUGGAAGACUUUGCCCAGACCGUUCAUCGAGAGUUUGGACACGUUGACCGAGAUUGCGAACUUGUUCGUCAUUGGGCCCGAGGCGUUGAGGGACAGAAUCAAGGGGUUGGAUGGUGCCGGUGGGGACAACACUGGUGCUAAUAAUGCACACAUAGAAAAGGCGGACUUGAAGCCAUAUAUUCUCAUGAGGGAGGAUGCUAGAAGCAUUGGCGUGCAGAGCGUGUUGGGCUUGUAG